AUGCUGACAGCUUUGGAACCAUUGCCAUCGGUCUUGCAAGUGCCAGCUGCCAUGGACACUUUCCGUGGCCUGCAGCCGCUCCCAUUGCCAGACAAGCAGCGUACGUUGCUGCAGGAAUAUGUGGGCGCUACAUGGGAUUUUGACACCUUCUCCACGCAUUGGUGCCCUGCUGCCGAGGACCCGCUGCCAACUACGCCUCCAUGGCUUGACCUCUUCCAUGAUGCUGCUAACUCGUUGUCUUCCUUUCUGCCAUGGCCGCGCGCACAGUUGUACCUGCCGCCUCCUGCGCACACAGCAGAUGUUUGGACAAAGAUGCUCCUCUUUGACUUGCGACAUGCGGCAUUGCAUUCCUGCUUGCAUGAAUGUCGCCCAAAGACUUGCCGCAAAGGUAAGUUGGGACGCCAUGGUUUUUGCAGGUUGGGCUUCUGGCAUUGGCGUGAUGUCAGUGCAUGGGUCGAAGCGGAUACCUGGCAACGAUGCCAUGGAAAGGAACUCCGCGCCCGCUGCUCCAUUGGCCACAGUCCAAACAAUGUGGGAGAGCUUCUUUCUGUGCGGCACCAUCCCUUUCAUACCCGGUUCAAUUGGUGUCACUUGCAUGCAAUGCGACAAACGUUCAAUCUCCUUAUGUCUGAAGCAACCAAGCGUGCAACCCAUUAUAUCACAACCUACAUGACCAAAACCCAACCGCACCUGACCAACUUAUGGCUUCUUCUUCGUCGCGGCUUGGAUGAGUUGCACACCGAACUCACGGAGCACAGCAAUCCCCUGGAGCCGCGGUAUGUCGCCUCUCGUUCCAUCAUGCGAAUGCUCACUGCCUCUGAACGACGUCGUCACAAAUCCAUGGCUGAAAUCUGUCACUACCUUCUCGAUCACCCAGAAGCAUACACAAAUGCCCGCUUUCGCAAGUUGUUCACCACGAACCUGGUCCAUCGCGCCCUGACCAACAUCCCGGUCCCGAGCUUGCAAGACAUGGAGCCCGAAAGCGCCUUCUGGUUUCGCCGCCCAGAUGCUGCCGAACCCAACGGUGACCUUGACCAUGCUGACGCCACCCCUGAGCAUGUCGAUCUCGUUCCUGGCCACCAAGAAACAGAUUAUCUCCUUCGCGGCGCUGCCUUAGCCGAUUGGCCGCUGUACUUCUAUGUUGCGGCCGUUGACCGCUGCGGUGGCUUGCGCCUCACCGACGAGUGUGCGCACGCUGCAUUUGACCCUGCUCACCCUGAUGCUGGUCGUAUGGUGCAGCGCAUCCGCCUUUGCAAGGCAUGGUUCGUUCCCCAGCUGGCAGGCAUCUCGUUGCCUGCUCCUGACAAAGACAUCGCGCUUUUCAGCCUUCUCAUGCUCCUGCUCCUGAAACCUUGGUCUUCCGCAGACAUGUCAGAUUUGUUGCUCGUGGAUGGUGUUCAACAUGAUUCGUGGGCUGCAGCCCUGCUUGCUUUCAGAACCCAGCUUUCUGAAUUUGCGCCAGCCGCCGGUGUUCGCGCCGCGCCUUUCACGCGUGAGUAUUGGGCGCAACGUUCCCUGGCAUGGUUACUCGCCCCCUAUAGCUUUUCCAUUUCAUUGUUACCUUUUGUCCCAGGCCAGUUUCCUAUCUUAGGCUCGUUGCACAUCUUGGAGCAUGCCGACGCCAUUCUUUGUCAUCCUCCUUUGAUUAACGAGCUAGCUGCCCCAGGGCAUGUGUUGCAGACAAGCGGUGACCUCACCUACAAUGGCCCUGCUUCCGACGAUGAAACUGCAACUGAUGACAGCUACGCGGCAGAUGAUCCUGACGAGCUACGUUUCCUUGACGUGGCGCCCGAACGCUGCUUCCCGCUGCAAUGGGACAGCUUGGCAGCUGGUGCCAGGACCCAGCAGAUAUCAUGUGCUACCUCAUCUCAAGCCUCUUACGCGCUGUCCGUUGACCAGGCCUUGCUCCAUCUUCAAUCUCCAGACCACAGUGCACUUCCAAACUGCCCGCAGACUUCCCACUUGGCAGCGGCAUCCGUUACCCAGCUACGCCGUGAUGCACGGCAUUGGCUCCAGCUCGCUGACGUUGAUGGAACUGAUGACGGUGACUGCUUCCUUCCAGGCCCAUCACCAGCGCCAUGCCCCUCCAAUGCCUUGCCAUCGAUCGACGCCUUGGAUCUCGUUGAGCAACACAUCCUCCGCGGCCAUUGUGCCCAGCGUGACGGCGGGCUGAACUGCAAGCAAGCUAUGUUCCUCGUCACCUUUGCCCUCAACCUGCAAGAUCGCCUCGAUGCAAAACGCCAUGGCGCUUUCGAGGUCCCAGCUCCCGAGCAACUCCUUCUAUUGGGGGGGCCCGGCACUGGCAAAUCACAUGUUCUCCAAUAUGCAUUGAGUUUGGAAGAACGUUUCAACCCUGGAAGCGUCCGCCGCUGUGCGUUUACCAAUGCUGCCGCGCGCCUUAUCGAUGGCCGCACACUUCACUCUGCACUGGCCCUCAACGCGGACGUGGACAAGCCUGCAGCCACUGCUCGCAAGGAUACACUCCUCGCUGCUUGGCGUGCAGCUGGUCUUCUUGCCAUAGAUGAGGUUUCCAUGGUGUCCGCCGAACUUCUGAGCGGCACAGAGCUACGCGCGCAGCAACUCAAGGCCGCACCGGGCAUUCCUUGGGGGGGCUUGACCGUGUUGCUCAGCGGCGACUUUCUGCAAUUGUUGCCCGUCAAAGCCACUUCCUUACUGUUGCCAGCCUCUGCGGCAGCCCCUGAACAUGCAACUCCGGCUGCUCGUGCUCGCCACAAAGAUGCUGUCCGGGGCCUUGCACUGUGGCAGAACAUCACCACUUGCGUUGUGCUUGAUUACACCCACCGCACCUCCGGGUCCCUUCAAGAGUUCCUGGCUGCAAUGCGCAAUGGAUAUGUACCCGACCGACUUUGGCGUCUGCUUCUGGAUCGCACGUUGCGACAGUCUGACCACCGGCUGAAGGAGCCCGUUUUUUGGAACCCUGAUGCUUGCUUUGGUGUCCUCCGUCAUGCUGCCCGCAUCCUCAUCGGCUUGCAACGUGCGAAAGCAAUGAGCCGCGUAGCCGGACAUCGGCUGCUUGUUUGUGCUGCUGCGGACCGGUGCUGGUCCGCCGAUCAUCGUCCAGUUGUAGACCCUUCGAUCUUGCAAUAUUUGCUGCACAUUGCGUCGCUGAACACAACCCGCAAUUUUCCGGGCUACCUCUUCUUGUUCCCAGGUACAGUGCUAUGUUUGGAAACCAACGUCUCGCAGCAAUAUGGCCUCGUGCGUGGUUGCCGUGUUGAGGUCGUUGACAUCUUGCUGCACGAGCUCGAACCCGUGCCGCAGUACGAGCCGGAUCUCGAACCGUACCUCCUCCGCUACCUGCCACGUGGCAUUAUCGUGCGAGCCGUUGAUGCCACCUUCCAACAAAGUCCCUUGCUGCAGCCAGGCGAAUUGUUCUUGGAGCCAACCACACGUGACUGGUCGCUUCCGCACCUUCCGACCGAACAGAUCCCAGGCAUCGACCCGGCCAUUUUGCCUGCUGUCACCGCUGGGCCACUUCGUGUUGCUCGGCGACAGCUGCCCUGCACCAACACAUUCGCCUGCACAGCAUACAACCUACAAGGUCGCACAUUGCCGGCAAUGAUCGCGGAUCUUGCCUUGCCGCCUCGAAUGAGUUCGGACGAAUAUUGGCUCUCUAUUUACGUGCUGCUAUCCCGCCUGCCGUCACUGGAUUGCUUGCUCCUUCUGCGGGCCCCUGACCGUGCAGCGCUAUCUGCAGGGCCACCGGCAGCUUUGCUUGCAGCCUUGUCACGCUUCGAAGACCUGCAGCAAGCAACGUUGAUGCGCGUCGACCGUCUCCUUGCUGCGCGGCGCCGGCAUGGGCUCCGUGCCUUAGUGACGCAGCGCUUGCUGCAAGCCUCUGCUACCCCGCCAGACGCGAAGCGCCCGCGACUUUGA